CAAGAUGAAGUCCGUGGCUUUGACAGUAACGUUUGUGUUAUUCCAGAUUUUUAUCCACGACCUGGAGGCUGAUAUACUUCCCCCACCUAUAUUCUGCCGACCUCCUAUGAUACAUGGGUGUAUUAACCCGUGCUCCGGUACAUGCCAGAGUCUGGCAAACCUACAUGAAAAGUGCCCGGCUAUUUGUCGGUUCGGAUGCGUGUGCCCCCGGGAUACUUACCUUCAGGACAACCAGUGCGUCCCGGCCUCAAAGUGCAUCGUCAAAUGCCCCGAAAACAUGCAUUUUGAUGCUUGCCCUAAGUUCAAAGAUGUCACCUGCGAUUCUUUAAGGGGGAGAAAAAUAAAGGAAGACCGCUGCUCUCCCCGCUGCGUCUGCGACCCGGGGUACAUUUUAUUCAAUGAUUUUGGAAACCGUUGUGUAAAAGUCAGCCAAUGUCCAAAGUAACGAAACAAAAUGUAAAAGAAAUCUAAUGAAUAAAGAGAUUCUACGUAUAA